GCGGGGCGGGGCGGGGCCGCGCGCUCUGAGAGCUGAAUGUCCGGGCUGCGGGCGCUCCUGGGGCUCGGGCUGCUGGUUGCGGGCCCGCGCCUAUCGCUCCUCCGAGUCCAGGCCGGCGCCUGUCGCGCGGGAGCCACCUGGUGGGGGCCGCAGCGGCUGAUCUCGGGUGGCCGCGGGGACUCAGAGGUCAUGGCGAGCUCAGCAGUGAAGUACCUGAGCCAGGAGGAGGCCCAGGCCGUGGACCAGGAGCUGUUUAACGAGUACCAGUUCAGCGUGGACCAACUUAUGGAGCUGGCCGGGCUGAGCUGUGCCACAGCCAUUGCCAAGGCAUAUCCCCCCACGUCCUUGUCCAGGAGCCCCCCUACUGUCCUGGUCAUCUGUGGCCCCGGGAAUAACGGAGGAGAUGGCCUGGUCUGUGCUCGACACCUCAAACUCUUUGGCUACCAGCCAACCAUCUAUUAUCCUAAAAGGCCUAACAAGCCACUCUUCACUGCACUGGUGACCCAGUGCCAGAAAAUGGACAUCCCUUUCCUUGGUGAAAUGCCCCCAGAGCCCACGCUGAUUGAUGAACUAUACGAGCUGGUGGUGGAUGCCAUCUUUGGCUUCAGCUUCAAGGGUGAUGUUCGGGAGCCAUUCCGCAGCAUCCUGAGUGUCCUGAAUGGACUCACUGUGCCCAUUGCCAGCAUCGACAUUCCCUCAGGAUGGGAUGUGGAGAAGGGAAACUCUGGAGGGAUCCAGCCAGACUUGCUCAUCUCCCUGACAGCACCCAAAAAGUCUGCAAGCCAGUUUACUGGUCGCUACCACUACCUGGGGGGUCGUUUCGUGCCUCCUGCUCUGGAAAAGAAGUACCAGCUGAACCUGCCACCCUACCCUGACACCGAGUGUGUCUAUCGUCUGCAGUGAGGGAAGGCGGGCGGGCAUUCUUCCCAAUAGAUUUAGUUCCUCUCUCCCAGAACUGUGGAGUCCUGGGAGCUCUUCUGGCAAUAAAGGUUAAGAGAUGGCAGGAGCCAGAGAGCAACA